AUGUUGCUGGAUGUUCAGUUUGGCGUCUGCCUGAAAUCUCAAGUUGUCACCCUGUCUGUGGCUGCCAACCAUCAACAUUGGCGGGUAUUUGGGGUGCGAAAGCCAUGGACUGGAGCAGAGCAGAAACAAAUUCGCUCCUCAAGUUGCUUCCGUACUAUUGACUUAUCAAUCGAAACAAAUUUUGAUCUUUGGGGAAAGAAGACCUGCGGUCAUUCAUUGUCAUGGCUCAAGCGCGAGCUCGCCUUCAGGCCCUCUCAGAGGAGUAUCAAAAACUUCAACUUGGCAAACCUUCAAUCCUCUGUUGACUCGAGACAAAAGCUCGACGGACAGCGCCAAGAAAAUCUCAGCGUGCAAAAGGAAUUCGAGACGCUUGAUGAGGACGAGACCAUCUACAAACUUGCCGGUCCUGUUCUCCUGAAACAAGAAAAGUUUGAAGCUGACAACACCGUCAAGGGAAGACUGGAUUUUAUCAGUAACGAGAUGUCGCGACUCGAGACGCAAAUUAAAGAAACCCAAGGAAAGAUUGAUAAGAAGCGAACAGAAAUUAUCCAGCUCCAAACGGCGGCCCAACAAGAGGCUGGGAGCACGGGUGGGCAGUGA